CGUUGUUCAGCAGCUGCCAACUGGAAAGUCCCUGACAUCCAGGGAGGCUCCAGUCUGGAAAACUACGGCAAGGUUUGUCGAUUUAAAUGAAAGAUGUUCAUAUUUUCAUCUCUGCUCUACAUCCGCUAAUAUUAAACUGCGUGAGGCUGCUUCAGUCGGGAUAUUUCGGCAAACAGAGUAGAUGUUUCCCUGCGAGUGCUAGCUCUCUGUGCAAGCUAGUUCUUUGUGUAGCUAGCUACUAGCUGAGGGGAUGUUUUGUUGUUGUUGAGCCGCGCAGCCCUCCCGUCGUCUGGGAGAGGAGAUUCAUCAGCUGUGCAUGGAGAAACGCCUUCUCGACGUCUUCGCGUCUGCUGACAUUUGCUGUAACCCGUGAAAUCCCGCUGACCAACGUUAGCGAAGCGACACCGAGAGAGGGGAGAGUUUGACCGAUCAGGAAGGAGAUGGGCAACUGUCUGAAAUCUCCGACCUCGGAUGACAUUUCUUUGCUACAUGAAUCGCAAUCGGACCGGGCCAGCUACGGGGACGGUGCUGACCCCGACCUGGAGCCGCCGCCCCCCUAUCAGGAACAGAUUCAUGUGCCUGUCUACCACCCAACUCCCAGCCAAGCCCGGCUGGCGACUCAGCUGACAGAGGAGGAGCAGGUUCGCAUUGCCCAGCGAAUCGGACUCAUCCAGCACCUCCCGAAGGGCGUGUACGACCCGGGACGGGAUGGCUCUGAAAAGAAGAUCAGAGAGUGCGUCAUCUGUAUGAUGGACUUUGUGUACGGAGACCCCAUCCGGUUCCUGCCCUGCAUGCACAUCUACCACAUGGACUGUAUAGACGACUGGCUGAUGAGAUCCUUCACCUGCCCCUCCUGCAUGGAGCCUGUGGACGCCGCGCUGCUUUCCUCCUAUGAGACCAACUGACACAAACACACACACACAUAGGCCUACAGACACCUGUGGACCAGACUGGACACACACACACACACACACACACACACACACACACACACACAUAUAAUAUGCACACAAAUGGAUAAACACACAACUUCCAUCUUGCUGACCUGUAUCCUGGAUUAGUAAGGUGGUGCUGUAAAACUGUGACAGUGUAAAAGAUUUUGGUUGAACUCUGUGUGUAUCCGUGUAUGUGUGUGUGAGCAUGCAUGUGUGUAUGUGUGUGCUGCACAAGUUCCCCAGUUGGCCUGCUGGACAGGAUUGGAGGAAUGAAGAGAGCGUUGAUGUUAAGGACGAGCAGGAAGAGCUGGAUCGAGGGGAAGAGUGACAGACGGGAGCUGACGAUGAGGGAUGUGAGGAUAGCAGUGCAAAGGGAAGUCAAGGGGAAUGGAUGACAGUUAACCCGUAUGAUUAAGAAAUCUUUCCAAGAUCCGCUUUUAUACACACACACACAACCGUGCCCAGUCACCCUUCCAUCAUUUACUUUACUCCUUUAUUUAAAUGAACAGAAUACAGGAAAAGGAACAUCUGACCACCAUCACCAGGCUGCAGAUUGUGUUAAAGCCUGAUUACUAUAAUGUCAAACUACAAAGGAGAAACGCCCUUCAGAAGAUCUGCCAGAUGCCUUGAAUUGUCUCCACACAGACGCCUGUUGCAGACUGCAGAGUCAUAUCCGCUACAAAAAACGCUACGGAUGCAGAUAUGUGAUUUAAAGACUGCUAGAGCUGGACAUGAGACUGAAGACUACAAAAAUCAGAUACAUCCUGCAGACACACCACAGGCCUUCACUGGCCCAAGGCACUCGGGCCUGGAGUUUUCUGUCUGUAUAGAUCUUUUAUGAGAAAAAUACCUUUGGUCAGUGA